CUCUGUCCAAACACUGUUGGGACUUUCAGAGACAAGUGGAUGGAGGUAUUUAAGGCGCAGGGACCUCGGUCGGCGGGCAAAGGCGUUCUGGGGCCAGGAGCCACCUUAACAGAAGGCAAAAGUCCUCUCCUGUGGAUUUUCCUGGGUGGCAAAUGGGUCGGGGGCAUUGAGACCCCAGGAUUCCUUUGAGAAGGACCAAUUAGGGGCCAUUUUUGGAAACUUAUUUGGUGUAUUGCAAAGAGAGCAGAGCAGGGCAAAAAAACCAACUUGGCAUCCCUUUGGGUCCAAAAUCCAAUAUUUUUGGUCUUUGUAUUCGAAGCCUUUGCUAAAUUGGGAUGGAAAGUCUCAAUUUCCAUCUUUCCGAUACCAAGAUGUUCCUCACUCUUCUCAUUUUCCAAGUUUUGUCUCCAAAUUUGGCUGCAAGUGCAGGUUCUCACUGGACAUAUGAAGGUCCCCACGGUCAGGAACAUUGGCCGGAGAUGUAUCCGGACUGUGGGUUCCAGUCCCAGUCCCCCAUCGAUAUCCAAACUGGUUACGUCCAAUACGACCCCAACUUGCUGCCAAUCGAGACCGAGGGAUACCGGGACCCUGAGGGAGAGUUCACCAUGAUAAAUAACGGCCACACGGUGCAGCUCUCCCUGCCCCAGACCCUGCGCUUGCAUGGCCUUCCCAGCAUCUACUCCGGAGUCCAGAUGCACUUGCAUUGGGGCAGCAAGGGUCGUCCUGGAGGGUCGGAGCACCAGGUCGAUGGCCAGUCCUUUCCUGCAGAGCUCCACGUGGUGCAUUUCAACUCCGAAAAGUAUGCCAACGUCAGUGCAGCCUUACGCCAACCGGACGGACUGGCCGUCUUGGGUGUUUUCCUACAGGUUGGAGGGGAGGAAAAUCCGGCUUAUGACCACAUCUUGCAACACCUGGAAGACAUCAAAUAUAAAGAACAGGAAAUACAGAUUGAUCCUUUCGACGUCCGCGAGCUCCUCCCGGCGCAUUUGGGCCACUAUUUCCGCUACAACGGCUCGCUGACCACCCCGCCAUGCUACCAGAGCGUCCUCUGGACCGUCUUCCACCAGCCGGCUAGCAUCUCCGCCAGCCAGCUGGAGAAACUACAGAAAUCGUUGUACGCGACGGACGAAGGCAAGAUGCCUGAGGCGCUUCUGGUGGAUAACUUCCGAGACCCCCAAAACGUGAACCAACGGGUCAUUUACUCCUCUUUCCUUACGACUCCUUCUGGAUAUUCCGCAGGUGAGAUUGUGGCCAUCAUUUUUGGGGUGCUCUUGGGCUGCUUGGGCGUCUUCCUGGCCGGUUGGAUCGUGGCGAAGAGAAUACGGUGAGAUGCAGGCCGAGAUGGGAGGCCGACCUGUUGUCUUCCACCCAACGGAGGGAUGGAAGAAUGCAGGAACAGAAGGGCGUUGUCUUUACCUCCUCCACGCGGCGAGCCAUUUCCGAUUAAGACCCUUCCUUGCAGCGAUGGAGACACGAAUCCCCAAACAUUUCACCCUUUACUUUCUUCACUGCGAUGCAAAUAAAUAAAUACAAUUAGAGACUUUUAAGAGGGGGUUGCACUCGUCGUUCGUGGAAUGACGUGGAAGGGAGGGCUACCUCUUGGAAACCAUGAGGACUAGCAUCACAGUGCCAACAUUGAGUCCCAAUCAUGAUGUAACAAUAAUAAUUUGCCUCCACAGCUCAACCAAUCCUUUUUCGGGUUUGACGAGAAGGAAACUGUGUUAUGGGAUUUGUAGCAUUGCAACUUUCUCCAAGGGCUUCUGAUCCCAACGUAAGAAAUGGUUGAAUCUUUUGCAACUAGAACUGAAAUCUCAUACUCAAAGAAGGUGUGCGACGGGAAGGAACGCGAUUUCAAUGCUCAUUACAAAGCUCCCUUUCUGAACUACAACUCCCAGACUCCACAUAUGGCUGUGUGGGAUAUGUAAUCCAACUGAAUAAAUGUCACGGGUUCUGGCA